UUUUGCCAUUAUUUGUUAUAUGAUACUGAACCUUAUGAAGUAUAUCUAUAAUAUUAUUUACAGUAAUAAAAUAUAUAAGCAAUGAAAAAAAUAACAGUGAUAUUAAUUAUUUUUAUGCUGCAGGCUACACGUAUAUCAGGGGCCACUGAUUGUACUCCACCGUGGAUGAUUCAAAGUAAUCCGUUUUACACUAAGGUUUUAUCAAAGACAGUCUACAAAUGUCCAUCAAUUUUUGAAGACUCAAAUAAGGUAUACUGUUGUUACAAUUCGGACGGAGACGUCAAAUGUUGCAAUUUUCAAGAAUAUUUCGUUUUUAAAUUAAUUUCUCUUAUUCCAAUUAUUUUGAUUGUAUUAAUCAUUUUAUCAUUCAUCAGUGGUAUAUGUUGUAUUAUGUGCCCAUUUUGUAUGAUUUAUAAACGCAGACAAAUUAGAAGUUGUGCGCCACCACCAUAUCGUCAGACAGGAUAGAUUUCCUCAAAGUCAAAGACCUAUGACUACCAUUUAUUCAAGAUAGUUGAAGACAAUCAAGAACAUCUCAUUAUCUCGAUAUUAAUAAGUAAAACAACAACAAUUAUAUUUUAUAAAGAGAAAAUAAUAGGUACAGGGUUUUUAUUAGCUCUGUAUAUUCACUAAAUGUUUAUACUUUUAUAGUACCUAACUCCCUGGAGAAUAAACUGGCGGAUAUUUUUAUUC